AUGUCAGUGAACAACACAUGGAACGCUCUUGGGUUUCAUUUUGAAGGAUUUAGCUCUUCGCUUUAUCCCUGGUAUGCUUCUAAUCUAAUAAUCGAAAAGAAGUCAACUUUCAAUUGCUGUACAGCGAACGUGGAUGCAAAGAAUCGACACUCGGCGCGCGGGGGGGGAACCCACGUUCUCACUUUAAAUUUGGAUUUCUUGUCACCAUUAAUUGAAGAGAAUAUUACGGGGGCGUUCUGGUCAAUAAUUCUCAAAAAUCUCCACACGAAACAACACCAAAUUAGUCCGAGAGAUUGUUCUGGGCGGAGACUUGCCUCCAGGGCUUCCAAAGGGCCGUACUACGGUCCUUACAAAGUGAACCGUAACGGUCAAGUGUUCAGUACGAACGUACCCAGUUCGUGA